AUGUUAUUCUCCAGCGAGUGUGGAAGUAGAAUCGUUGCUUUAAAUCGUGAAUUCGAUCUUACCCUCUUUGCUGCAAAAGCUCAACAACUCGUCAAUCAUGUUGCCCACAUUCGCCAUGGUGAUGCAGACGAUAGCGUCGACUAUGUCUCUAUGGGUUGCCUCGCAUUCACAACCACCUUGGCAGCUCUUGCAAAAACUGCUACUACUGGUUGGCAACCGUGCGGUGAACAUUGGAGUUUUGCUUCCACUUGUGGAAAUGUCGUCGUCGACUGUAAUGACAGACUAACUCAACAUCGCGAAGAACAUGGUGUGAUAGUCUUGAAUGUUGAGAGUGACCUCAACAUGUUCGUCAGCAACGAAGUAGGACUCAGGAUAUGUUCCUAA